GAGCGUUGACUUAUACUACAGUACUGUAACAAUUUAAUUAAUAGUAAAAAUUAAUUACAUAAAUUAAAAUGGAACCAAAGAAAGUUGUAACGCAAAAUUUAGUCAAGCUAUUGCAGAGAAAGGCGUCUUACAUUGAAAAACAUCGGAUUUACGAGUUAUUUCAGGAGUUAUCGAUGAUGUUACUAAUAAAAAAGCCAAAGGAUCACGUUCUCUUCCUGAAACAAAGUGUAUAUCAUGCUGCCCGUCGGCUCGAUGUACCGAGGAUAUUUAUACUGGCGCCACCGAAUUUCAACAAGCGUGCAUUAGCUCAGAAUUUGAAACGAAUACUGAACAUUCCUGCAAUAACGGUAGAUGAAGUGACUUGCGGACAAGAAUUAAUCAGUCAGUGUAACUUUGUCGACAAUUUGAGAAAUAUUUUAACGGGUUACAUGAAGUACGGAUUCGAUGGUUGGAUAUUUUUCGAUUUUCCGAGGACUGAGGAGGAAGCCAAGUGUCUUCAACGCAACGGUAUCAUCCCAUCACACGUUUUUGAAAUUGUUACGUCUGAUGGAGCCAACGAAGCAUCGAUUUCUACGAACGAUACGAUAAAAGUGACUUAUUGCAAGGACUUACGAGCGAUGCGACACGUCUUUGACAAACUUCUAAUAAAAAUUAAUGUUAAAAACCAUUCAAUAGAUGAUAUCACUCAGAAAUGUUUGAAACUUGUGAAAUUCAGAACAUAUUCAAGAUAUCCUUCAACCCUUCGUGUGCUAUAUCUUGAUAACGAUGCUAGGAGAAGUAAGUGCAUUGCGAAACACGUUGCUGAAGAAUUUGGUUUAAUUCACAUUGAUUUUAAUGAAAUACUGAAGCAAAUUUCUCAGCGAGAUUCAGAAUUGAGUUAUGCAGUGAGCGAUGCGAUUCAACUAGCGAAAUCCAAUGACAUGCCUACCGAUAUAAAGAUCCAAGUGUUUGAAGAAUUUUUACUGACAUCGGAAGCUGUGAGGAAUGGAUGGGUCUUAACUGGACUGGUUUCCACUAUCGACGAUUUGAAGCAACUUGACAUGACAGAUUUCCCACCCAAUAGGAUCGUGAUUGUUAAGUUGGAGAAUGAAAAGCCAGAUAGCGAUACGAGCUCCAGCUAUCUCUCUGAUACAUCGUGUUACUAUGAAGACCACAUCAGCGACAUAAUAGCCUACGUGGGAGAUAGUAUUCACGUAAUCAAAGCAACUGAAGAUACGAAAAAGAUCGAGCAGCAAGUGGACUUUUGGCUAGUACAACCGGCACCAUGCGUGCCCCCGAGACAACCGCGACCUCCUUGUACCAUUAAGCCGGAAGACAUCGAAUUCGAUCCCGAUGACGAGCCAGAUAUUGAUAUAUUCGAUUGUAUUCGUGAACCCGAGCCCGACUUACCUCUAGUGUGAGCGAUCGGAGUUUGAAAUAGCAUUGUCUUGAGAAAUAAAACUUUCGCUUGCCUUUGAGCCACUCUGUAAAACUAACGCAUUUUUUUAAAGUCAAGUUUAAACAAACUAUAGAAAAGAGUUAAAUGAA